GGCUUACCUCUAUUCCCCAAUUUAUUUGAUAAACAAUGUCUUAAUACUGAAGUUGUUCGUGGUGUCAUCCGGGUUACGUAGGCAAGCUUGAUCAUCACUGUUACACCACCCUUCCUUGUGUCACCACUGCCGAAAUGAAACAGUAAAAUGGUAUCAGAGAAGCAGCAUGAUUGCAGUUCAAGACAUGGCUGCUUAAAGCAGCAUUAUCAAUUGUUUAACAGGAAUCCAAAAGGAUGGGGAUUUGGUGGUAGGGUCCUGUGAUCAUGUAAUAAUGAAAAAGAAUGAAAGAAGAAGAUAACAUGUUGAGUUCUUGUAGAGAUUAUCAGAUUAGGAAAAAAGUAAGGUAAUGAGUGAAGGUUGUUCUAAUGACUGUUUUUCUCAAUCUUUAUGCAUUUUGAUCUCCAGAGGAGAAAACCUGAAAAAGAGCAUGCAGACAAGGGCAGAUGAAAAACAGAGAUUCUGCUUCACAUAAACACACAAGACAAAAAAUAUUAUCAACAUCCACACGAAAGUUAAAAGAGAAUGGAAAAUAAUUUGUGGAGAAAAAACAGCUAAAUUGUAAUGAUAUUAACAGUUACUCUCAAUAAAUGGCUUCAUUCAGAUGCUAAAUUUCAACCCAGUUGCUGACAUAGCUAUGUGUUGAAUAGUGAACAAUGAGGAAACAGCCUGUUCAAAGUGAGAAAUAAAGAUGUCCAUAGAAAUGACAUAGCUGCUCUACAGUCUGUAAAAGACAUGGUUAAUAGGUCUAAAUAUUCAAUCACUGUGAAGAAAUUGAGUUGUGUUCCAGAUUUUUUGUUUUCUUGAUAAUCUAUCAACGCAUGAGGAUGAAGGGAUUUCAACCAGACACCUCUAGAAAUUAGACCAGACGUUAGAGAAUUGUCCUGAUAAAUAGAUAAAAGUAUGUUCU